CUGUGGGUGGCAAGGGAGUUACUGGCUUAUUUAUAAAUGGUCCACUAAAUAAUAGCUGGUUGUUGCUGAUAGGAAGGUAUGUUGGGGGAGCAGAGCGGAGGGUGUGCAUUACACACACUCAAAUAGCUUUUCUGUUGGAUUGACUGGCUUUGCUUCCUGGCAUCUGACGUCUCUAGGCUUGGAACUGGGCCCCUAGAGGCAUCGUGUUUUGCAGACAGCUCACUCAGUCCUUUUGCUGCCUGCUUAUUCUUCCCCAUUCUCUCUCUCCACCCACCACUGCAUCGGGACUGUGGAGCUUGUAGGAUUUCUGUUUGUCUCGUUUCACCUUCGUGUGGCUGGAACCGUGCAAAUUAAACAUCCAUAAGAUGCAUUCGUGCUGUAAAGAUAUUUAGCUGGUCCACCCUUUGCUGAGGAGCCACCUCAAAAACUCCCCACCACCACCACAAGGGCAAGAACCCUGAGUUCUCUGGUUGUUGCAAGAAGCCAGUUGGACCACCAUCAGACAGAUGGAGGUCUCCGCCGGAAAGGUCAUUCUGAACGUUGGAGGCAUGCGCUAUGAAACGUACCUUAGCACCCUGCAGGCUUUCCCAGGGACCAAACUGUGGAGCCUCACAGAGCCCCAGGCCAACACAAAACAUGACCAUGACCCUAGCACCCAGGAGUUCUUCUUUGAUCGGAGUGGCCGGCUGUUUGGGCAGGUGCUGAACUACUACAGCACAAAGCAACUCCAUUGCCCUGCAGGUGUCUGUGAAUCUGCCUUUGAGGAAGAGCUGGAUUUCUGGGGGCUCACAGGCACCCAGCUGGCCCCCUGUUGCUGGAGAGGGCCCCAAGAGGAGGUGCACGACAUUGGGAUUGUCGACGAGCAAGACAACGACCAGGGUCUCCUGAUCCAGGAAGAAAGAAGGAGUGGCUGUCAGUAUGCCCGGUGGCGGGCCAAAUUGUGGGAUCUCUUUGAAAAGCCCCAUUCCUCUAAACGUGCAAUGGGUUUGGCAGUUGUUUCUCUGCUGUUCACCAUCGCCAUAAUCAUCAUCCUCUGUGAGGAGUCCAAGGGGUUCAUAAAAAGCAUCACCCCAGAACAUACUAUAGAGAGCCACCACCACCAUUACUACCAUCACUUCUUUCCCUCUGCCUAUUCUUACGAAGUGGCCCCCUACCUCCUCCACCUUGAGCUUUUCUUCAUCCUCUGCUUCACGGCUGAGUUCUUCAUACGGAUCAUGUGCUGCCCAGAUUUGAAGAAAUUCCUGAAGAACCCUCUGAACAUCGCUGAUCUCCUCUCCCUGUUCCCAGUUUACAUUGAGCUGUCCUUGGCCAGACCUUCACAGGAGCCACACCCUCAGGAGUCACAUCCUCUGGUCCAGUGGCUGGGUCUGUGCCGCAUUAUUUACAUCAUCAAACUCCUGAAGGUAUUGAGGCUGGUGGAGACACCUCUGAUGCUGAGGGUGCUGCCUUGCAUGUUCAAAUCCAUCCUGAGAGAGAUACUCAUCUUCUUGUUGAUUUUUGCUUCUGAAGUCUUUUUCUUUGGCACCCUCUGCUUUUAUGGGGAGCUGCUGAGUACCAACUUUAAAAUAGGGUUUGGUGACAUUGGCGAGGCCUUCUGGUGGGCGGUCAUCACUCUGACCACUGUAGGGUAUGGAGAACUUGUCCCUGUCAGUGUCACCGGCCAAGCGAUAGCAGCUUGCACUGCACUCUGUGGUGUGCUGACCAUCGUUGUCCCAGUCCCGAUCUUUCUGUUCAGUUUCAAGGGCUGUUAUGAUGCUGCUGUGAUCAAGGAGAGGAGGAAGAGGAAAGCAAUGGAAGCAGUGACGCUGUUGUCCUGAGGACUCCUGAGCAUCACAUCCCCAGUUUUCUGUAGGAAGAGAAAAAAAGGCUUCCAAAUAGCUCCCUGGCACAUUGCAGAAGCUUUUCAAGAAAGCAUUUUAUUGAAGUAAAAAAAAAAAAUCAAUUCAACAAAAAUAAUAGAAGUACAAAAAAGCAGCACAGUAUAUUCAGGAGAGACUUAAUUGUAGGUUGGUGGGGUAUUUAAGACCACCACCAGUUUCAUGUUGCCCUGAGGAGAGGCAGUCCUGUGUGUCUGUAUUUUUUGUACAUAAGAUAAAAUCCCACCCAACAGCCCACGAUUUUUCUGGGUCCUCCAAGCCUUUGGCAACACGUGAUUUAUCAGUUUUUGCAGCUAGUGAUAAAUUCCACAUAUUUUUAUACCAAAGUGAAAGUCUCAAGCUUUGCAACUUUUUCCAUUUGGAGGCAAUUGAGGUUCUGGCAGCUGCCAGCAUCCAUGUCAAAAGUCUACAAGAGCUGGUUUUUUUCUGCUGAUCAUCCCAUAGUUGUAGUAAAUUUAUACCACUUAACAUAUGAAAAAUAUCUCUACGUGGCAUACAAAAACCAAAAGAGCAAUAGACAACUUAAACAAAAUAUUACAAAAAUACAGUUACAUAUAAAAAUGCUAAUUAACUAAUACAAAGUUACUACUAUAUAUAAAAAUCAUAUAUAAAUCAAUAUCAAUUUAUUUUCCUUCUGACACAUGCCUGAUAUUUGGAAUUUGGUUAAGAUUAAAAUAUAAAGCAAUGUACUUUUUUAAAGCUUCAUUUUUUCAGGAAAAGGUAAUUAUAUGAUUUAUCUCAAUAUGUUUUAUAGGACUUAAAAGUUACAUCAAAAUGACAUUUGAUCAAGCUAGAAAUUUUUACAUUAAUUGGCAAUUAAUUUCAGAACAUGAGAGAGGUGCUUAACCUAUGUAAUGAAAUAGAACAUAUUUACAUGGUUAGGUGUGUUUCAAAACUUUAUAAAAAGGUAAGCUGCUGUUACUGGAAUUUGGAGUUUUCUUGUGGAAAAUUCACCACUUUGCCUGCUUAUAGAGCUCUGGUAAGGCAAAAUUGUGCAUGUUAUACAUUUUGCUCAUUUUCUAUGUUUUUGUAUCAACUCCAUGAUUAAUCUUACAUUCUGCAACAGGAUUAAGAUUUUGCUAGUAAAGAAAAAUACUUUUAAACUG